AUGUUGACUGCUGCCAAAGGGGUGCUUGUUCAGUGUGAUCCUUCUAUCCGUGCACUUAUCCUUCAGAUCGAUUCAAAGACCCCGGGGAUUGUCUUAGAAGAGUUGGACGAUACUCAUUUGCUUAUUAAGCAAGACCAAGUCAAGAAUGUUAAGAAUGAGUUGAACAAACUAUUGUCGAAGAACAUCUACAACCCGUUCGAAGAAGAUGCCACCUGA